AUGUCACUUGUAGCAGUGCCUUUCUACCAGAAGAGACACAAGCACUUUGACCAGUCAUAUCGUAAUAUUCAAACAAGGUACCUUCUGGAUGAAUAUGCAGCGAAAAAGCGUACUUCAACUGAGUCAUCUACCCAGAAGUCUUUCACUCAGAAGUCAUCUGCCCAGAAAGCAUCCAGCCAGACAUCUACUGGAAAAACAGUUUGCAGGCUUUGUGCAAAAAGGGUAAACGUUUCAUCUGACGAGGAAGAACAUGAAAACAAGAAAAGGUACCAAUCACUGGUGGCAUCUUAUGGAGAAACCAAGCGGCAGCGUUUUCUCAGUGAACUGGCUCAGCUAGAAGAAGACGUUCACCUGGCGCGUUCACUUGCUCGGGAUAAGCUGGACAAAUAUGCUGUUGAGCAGAUGGUAGGGGAAUCUUUGGAUUGCUUUUUGGAUGAUAAGCUGGCCUGGGAAAGGCAUUCAUCUGAAGAACGGAUGAUUAGAGCCCCUGAGAUUUUGGUGAGACUGAGGUCCCAUACUGUCUGGGAAAAGAUGUCUGUGAAGCUUUGUUUUACUGUUCAAGGAUUUCCUACGCCCGUGGUACAAUGGUAUAAAGAUGGUAGCUUGAUCUGCCAAGCAGGUGAGCCGGGAAAGUAUCGCAUUGAGAGCAAGUAUGGCGUGCACACGCUGGAGAUAAACAGGGCAAAUUUCGAUGAUACCGCAACAUACACAGCAGUGGCAACUAACGCUCAUGGGCAAGUGUCAGCCAACGCGGCGGUGAUUGUGAGACGGUUUAGAGGCAGUGAAGAACCAUUCCACUCUGUGGGACUACCAAUUGGAUUGCCCUUCUCGUCUGGGCUUCCGUAUACCCACUUUGAUGUUCAGUUUUUGGAGAAGUUUGGGGUCACCUUUCGGAGAGAAGGCGAAACCCUGACCCUCAAGUGUACUCUCUUGAUCACGCCAGACCUGAGGAGAGUGCAGCCGAGAGCCGAGUGGUACCGAGACAAUGUGCUACUGAAAGAAUCAAAGUGGACCAAGAUGUUCUUCGGAGAAGGUCAGGCCUCCUUGUCAUUCAGCCACCUAAACAAGGAUGACGAGGGCCUCUAUACCCUGAGAAUCGUUUCAAGAGGAGGCGUGAGUGAACACAGUGCCUUUCUGUUUGUGAGAGGUAAGGAUGUGUGGGUGUGAAGAGUGUUACAGCAAAGAUCUAAGAAUAUGCAAGAGGGUGAGAUGUUGUAAAGACAAAGAAAGUUAAAGGAAACUGAGCAAAAGGAACAUGACAUUUGAAAAAUUAUUUUUGCUUCUUAGAAACUUAGCUGGUAGUGAAGUAGAUUUUUUUUUAGGUGCACAAGCACAUUAAAUUGCAUCCUGACAAUAAAUAGAUGAAAUAAGUAGUAUAUAAUUGGAAUAGAUUGGAAUCAUAAUUUUUUUCUAAUAGUUAUGAAAUUACCAGAAUUUAUGAAAUGACUCCUAAUACUAUAUCCACAUGAAUACACCUGACUUACUAAUUCUUGAGGGAAUUCAGCACCAGAGUGGGGUCCACAGGCUGACACCUCUGGUUGGGAACACCAGAGACAGAACUUCCUUAUGUCUCCCUGCUAUCUCUUUCGCUCCCUCUAGACUUUCGCUUAAAAAGAAGAGACAAUGAUGACAGCCACUGUUAUUAUCAUUACCACUACCUUUAGUUAAAUUAGUGUUUAAGAUGAUAAUAAUAAUAAUGGCAGCUAAGAUUUAUACCUAAGAUCCUAAUAAAUUAUGAAUAACAUUGCGAAGAAUGGGAAUUCCAAAACACUUAAUUGUGCUCAAGAGGAACCUGUACCUAGACCAAGAGGCAGUCGUUUGAGCAGAGCAAAGGGAUAUUGUAUGGCUUAAAAUCAAGAAAGGUGCAUCAGGGUUGUAUCCUUCCACCACACUUAUUCAAUCUCUAUGCUGAGCAAACACCCCGAUAAGCUGGACUAUAUGGAAGAGAAGGCGGCAACAGAAAGGGAGGAAAACUAACAACGUGUGCCAUGCAGAUGACACCACCUGACUGACUGAAAGCGAGUAGGAUGUGAAGCCCUUACUGCUGAGGAUCAAAGACUACAGCCUUCAGUACGGAUUACACCUCAACAUAAAGAAAACAAAAAU